UAAGUAGAUCAACGCAAGAGAGAGAGUUCAAAGAGAGGAGAGCAAUUAGGUGGUAUAUGAUGAUGACUAAUGAGAAGAGGGAGCUGACAAAUGCAUAUUAUGAGGCUAAGGAAGGAAGAUCAAUUGUUGGGAAAGACUAUGAAGCCCAGGAUCUCAUAGGAACGGUUGUGAACAUUGUAAGUAGGGACCAUAUCAUUGUCGCUGUAGCUGAACAAGAGUAUGAAGUUUAUCUUUCCAGUAUUAGGUUUCCGAAAUUGGGCGGUGAUGGAGUACUAGAACCGGAGGCAUAUGCCGAUGAAGCCAAGGAUUUUGUGAGAGCACACCUUAUUGGGCGUCAAGUGCAUGUUCAACUGGAGUAUUCAAGGAAGCCCCGCUACGGAUCAGUCUUCCUUGGUUCUGCUCUUGAUAGCCGGAAUGUUUCUGAGUUGAUCGUGGCAGAAGGCCUUGACACUGUUUUGGGAUGUAAUGAUAUUGGGGUGGCAUCAAAUUAUUAUGAUGCCAUUUGUACUGUGGAAUCAUCUGCCAUUCUUAAUAAGAAAGCAAUGCAUUCUGGUGUGGAUCCUCCGGUCAUAAUAGACUUGUCAAAUGCAACAUGGGAGGAAGUUGGGAAAGCCUGUGACAAUAAUAUAUUUGUAUGGGCCUUUGAUGAAUACGAGAAAGUUGAGGGUUUUGUGGAAUCUGUUAUCCGUACUGACAGUGACACCAUGGAUAAAAUUAUACUAUUGAUUCAUAGCAAUAAGAAAACAUGGAAGAUUGCCUUCUCACUUUAUGGUAUCGUAUGGCCCAGAGGUGAGGAGCCCUAUGCAGAUGAAGCAUUUGAACUGCUGAGGCAAACCGUAGUUCACAAAAGGGUGGAGGUUCUGCUGGAGACUAUUGAUUCAGAUGGAUAUUUUAUGGGAGCUUUAUUGGAGUCAAAUACCCAUGUGGCAAUCCCCCUCCUUAAAGCCGGCCUUGCAACAUUUGAACCAUUUAAUCCCACAGCUUAUGACAGGGAAUUUCGUCGAGCUCAGGACUCUGCAAUAACGAAGAAACUGAAAAUUUGGGAGAAUAAUGUUGAACCAUAGUGAAACUACAACUAGUAACAUAAUAAAGAGUUGAAGGGCAUUCAAGAACUUGCAAAAGGCCCAAGAAGAAGUAGGGUCUCCUGGAACUUGCAAGUGCUGAGAAAACGGAAGAAAAGAGAUUUUAGGAAUUGGGAAUUUUUUAUGAUUAAUAUAGGCAGGACUAUUAGUUCCUUUCCCAUUGUAAUUUAAUGACAAAUCAUUGAGAAUUAACGUUUGACAAGUUUUUUACUGCCCA